AUGGAUGGAGAUUUGGGUUCAGAUUCUGAUAUUGAUAUCAAUCUUGAUGAGUUAGAUGAUAUUUUAACAUUUGAAGAUAGUGAUUUCGACUUAGAUGAAAGGAAUGGAGAUGGCAAAGAUGGGAUGAUUAAUGAAUCUGAGUUUGAUGAGAAUAUGGAUAAAGAAGAUGAGAUUUGGGCAGAAGGUGAAGGUGAAGGGAGUGGGUCUGAUGGAAUGAUAAGUAUUCAUUCUAGUGAUGAGGAAGCAAGAAUAUCAAGAUGGCAUGUAUUUAAUGCUAAGAAGGAUAUGAAAGACCCAAAGUUCAAGCAUGGAAUGUUAUUUACAAACAAGGAGGUGUUAAAGCAGGCUAUUAGACAAUAUGUCAUUGUUAACAAGUACAAUGUAAUGGUUGUGAGGGAUGAAAAUGAUAGGGUUAAUGCUAAUUGUUUAAACCGUGAAGGAUGGAUGAUCAGAGCAUCUACAAAUAAGAAAGAGAAGGCAAUUCAGAUAAAGAAGUUCAAGGACAAUCACAAAUGUGUUUUAGAGAUUCCGCAGAGACAUAUCACUUACAAAUGGUUGAGCGAAACUUACAAAGAACACCUACGAGCAGACCCCAAAUUCUUUAAUAAGUCAUUGGCUCAUCAACUUGAGGUAGACUUUAAAGCAAAGACUAGUAGGUCAAAGCUUUGGAGAGCAAGAAGGCAUGCUUUAGAAAAGGUUAUGAAAUCUGAGGUUGAGCAGUAUGGUAAAAUCAGGGAUUAUGCAGAGGAGUUGAAAAAAUUUAACCCCAACAGCAGUGUCUUUAUAGGGACUGAUCAUCUGAUUUUUCAGAACAUCUAUGUAUGUAUUGAUGCAUAUAAGAGAGGCUUCUUAGCUGGUUGUAGGCUUUUAGUAGGAUUAGAUGGUUGUUUCAUGAAAGGUGGAUACAAAGCGCAACUCCUUGUAGAUGUGGGAAUUGAUCCAAAUGAUUGCAUAUUUCCGAUUGCAUAUGGAGUUGUAGAUGUUGAAAGCAGAGAAUCAUGGACCUGGUUUGUGAGGAACUUGUCUAUCGACUUAAAUAUUGAGAAUUCAGGCUCUUGGACAUUUAUGAGUGAUAAAGAAAAUGGACUGAUUGCUGCUCUUGAUGAACUUAUGCCACAUGCGGAGAAAAGAUUUUGUGGAAGACAUCUCUGGAAGAAUUUGUGUAGGGCAACAACUAUAAAAGGUGGCCCAGAACUAAAGGAUUUGCUAUGGAAUGCAGCAAAGACAACCUAUCCUACAGAAUACUAUAGGAGAAUGGCUCUCAUGAAGAAAGAAGAUAUCUAA